AUGGACAAUAAAUCAUAAUCACCAGAUACAAGGUCAAUGAAUUAAGAUCGAUUAGGAAGUGUAAAGAAGAAGAGAGCAGCUCCUUAAUCAGCUCAUCACAAUAAAGUUAGAAGUGGAGUUCCUGUGAUCGGUGGCAUUCAUUCUACAAAUCCUGUUUUCAAUAAUAACUUUAUGACAGGCAAGAAUUCCAUGAAACAAGUAAUCAGUAUUCCUGAAUCUACAAGAGCCUUUACAAAUUAAGGUUCCCCUCAUACCAGACCAAUAAGCUCUUUGGAAUCACCUAACUCAAAAAGAAAAGUUAGCAGAUUAAGAAAAUAAAGAGGAACUAAAUCGACUUUAGAUUUAAUUAGUUAAAAGGAUGGAUUGACUAAGAAUACUCAAGAUAAUAAUAGGUUAUUAACAAGUAAUUCAUCAAAGAAUAUGCAUUCAAGGCCAAUGACUGGCAAUAAUGGGCUAAAUAUUAAUCAUUAAAGUUAGUAUGGCUCAAUUAUCGGAAGUUUUCACGGAGUGAGGCCAAACACAGCAUUUUAUUCAUAACAAAAUGGAAAACAUCAUCAUCAUGGGCAUGGACAUGGACAUGCACAUGGACAUCCAUAAAGUUAUGAAUAUUUAUCUCAAAGUGACAUUCCUAUUGAUAUAAAACUUGCAACUGCUAAGAAGAAUUUGAUGAUGAAAUCAACAAUAAGCAUUUGGACAAAAUAGGAAAAUUAGGAAGUAGAUAAGGCUCUGGAUACAAUUACAACACUUGAGAAGAAUAUUGAACGAAAAUCCUCUUAGGCCAAAUUAGAUAGAAUUGAUUGUAAAAAUAUACUUCUCAAAGCGAAUAGAGAAAUAAAAUGUUUGAAUUAUGAGCUGAUGAAUAUAGUCUAAUCUAGGCAUGAUGACAAUGGCAAUGUGAUUAUAUCAAGGAAGCCUUUUGAGAUUGAAGUUAUUUAAGAAGCCUAUAUGACUUUUAAAGUAUAGGUGAGAGGCUAACCUUCUCCUGCUAAGUUAUCUUGCAUUUACAGAGAGCAACCAGUAGGAUCAUUAAGAUCUGAUCUUAAAGUUUAUUGUUCAACCACAGCAAAAGAACCUAAGGAGAAUAACUGUGCUAAGUAGUUUACAAAUGAUGUUCAAUAACUUUAACAAGAUAAGUAGUCUAAAGUUGAUUUCAUUUCUAAGAAUAUGGAAUAAGUAUAACAUGAUCCUGAGGAUUUGCAAAACUAAAAGCUUUUUAAGAUCAGGACUACUUGGUAAAGAAUAGAGACCGCUAAAUCCAAAAAGAAUAUGAUGGAAUUAGAAUAACGAAAGAAGAAUAUGUUCCUGCUUCACAGGUGGGAGUUCUUAAAAGAAAAAAGAGCAGAAAUGAAGAAAAUAGCUAUUAAAAGUAGGUUAGAAAAUAACAGAAAAUAUGAUUGGGUAAGAUACAUUAUCACUUGCUAGAUGAUGAAGCACAUUUACACAGUUUUCUAUUAAAAAAGAGAAGUGGCUACUCGUGAGGCUUAGAUAUAAUUCGCAGUUAAUAUGUUCGCAAUAAAAUUCAAGUUAUGGAGCUAAAAGAAAAGACCAACUGCAGAACUCAGGAGUCAAUAAUCCAUAGUAAAAGUCAAGGUUGUAUAAGUUCAUUAUCAAAGAUUCAAAAAUGCUUAAGAGUUAAGAAUAAGUCAUUUCACAAAGGUUUUGUGGGAAAAAGAAAAGAGCAGUUUACUAAAAAUAUGCAUGACUAAGAAAAAUAAAAAGAAGCAAGAAAUAUGGAAGAAAAUCAAUCUAAUUGAACCAAGUAUUAGAGAUGCAAUAAUUAAAUGCUAUAUGAAAAGAUGCAAACUUAGAUUCUAGUAAAGAUUUUUAGAAUGGAGACUAGAUUUCAAAUUUAAUACAGUUACAGACUAAAUUAGAGAAAGAGAACAAGAAAAGAUUAACAAGAAAAGGAUUCAGAAAGAAGCAAUUGAAAAACUGCUAUUUGCUAAUAUUUUCCUCCCAGAUGAGGAACCUCCUGAAGCUCCACAACCACCUCCUUAAAAAGAUGAUAAAAAAGUUAAGGCUCCAGCGAAGAAAGGAAAGCAAGAGGUACCAGUUGAGCCACCGAAACCAGUCCUUACUCCGUUGUAAAGAGCUUAAGGAUGGAUAUCUUAUGGCGACCUAGAGGAAGUUACUGCUGAUAUGCCAAUUUUAAGAUUUAUGCCAGCAAAUAAAGAAGUAAUCCAAAGACUCAUCAUUAAAGCUACAAUUGCCAAGAGUGAUAAAGAGUUUGUGAAUAUUUUAAAGUGA